AUGGAUCGACAGAUUAACAACAAUACCAUGGCCGGCAUGUCCCGCAACACUUCCCGAGUCCUUGCUCCACCCGGAGGCCGAUCCAACAUUUUCUUUGGCGAAGAUCCCCCUGCGCCAAAAACUACCGCUGCUGCUCCAAAAAAGGUCGAAGUGGCUCCGCUUCUCAGCGCCGGUGGCGUCGCUACUUCCGCCGUCCAGGCCGCAGUCAAGACCGCUGACUCUGCUACAAACACUGAGGCUUAUGAUGAGUCAGCUAGCUCCUUCGCUCGCAACAAGAGCAAGAACACCGUCUCCCAGAUCACUUUCUAA